AAAAAAAAUUAAGAUCUAAUAGAAGUUGUGUAGGAGAAGAAAAGGAAAUAACGAGAAAGACAGAGAAAGAGAGACAGACAGAGAGAGAGAGAGAGAGAGAGAGGGAGAGAGAGAAAGAGAUACACAUAGGACAGGGAUAGAGAUUUUCGAAUCCACGCUGAGAAGACUAGCUGGAUGGUUGACUGACUGACUGGACUGGACUAGCUAACUAACUAGCUGCCUGGCUUUUUAUCAAUUUCGAGUGACACACGCCUAAAGGGUUACCAUUAAUUAUAUUUAAGAAAGUGAAGAUCUAGCAACAAGCGUGGAGGACAGUGGUGGAAGAUCUGUUGGAUAGGAGGACGACAGAGAGGAACAAGUCGAUGAGGAGGAGGAGAGGGAGGAGAAGCAAGAGGAAAAAGAGGAAGUAACGCAAUGGAGAAUAGCGAAAAGGUGCGUACUGUUGGGAACAUUGAUGGCGAGGCACCAUCUUCCAGCGAUAAUUCCGAUAGAGAAGAAAAUUCUACGAGUUCUGGAAAGGAACAAGUUCGCAUUUCAACCUCGGAAGAUGAUCCUUCUGUUACUACAACAGAUGAAAAUCGUGCUUCGACCUCGACAGACGAAUCUACUGUUACGUCCGAGGACGAUUACGGCUGUGAGCAUUAUAAACGGAAAUCGAAGUUCGUGACGCCUUGCUGCAAUAAGGUUUAUACAUGCCGGUUUUGUCACGAUGAACAAGAAACUCAUACUGUCAACAGGAAGGAAGUAACAGAAUUAAUAUGUGUUCUUUGCGAUACUCGUCAGCCUGUACAGGCUACAUGUCAAAACUGUCAUUGCCAUUUUGGAAAGUAUACAUGUUUAGAAUGCAAUCUUUUCGACGACGAAGAUAAGAAUCAAUAUCACUGCGAUGGCUGUGGAAUAUGCAGAGUUGGCGGACGGGAUAGGUUCUUUCAUUGUGCCAAGUGCAAUAUGUGUCUCCCAAUUCAGCUACAAAAUGGUCACACGUGCGUGGAAAAUGUGUCACAUGCAAACUGUCCCGUUUGUCUAGAAGAUAUUCACACAAGCCGUAUUCCUUGUCAUAUCCCAGGUUGCGGACACUUGCUUCAUCGGACUUGUUUUGAGGAAUUGCUACAUUAUGGUCAUUAUGCUUGUCCCACAUGUCAGGUAUCUCUUCUAGACAUGACCGACUUAUGGAGAUUUUUAGAUAUGGAAGUAUCUUUAACACCAAUGCCAGAGGAAUACAGGGAUUAUAAGGCAGAUAUUUUAUGCAAAGAUUGUCAUGAGGAAUCUACUGUGAAAUAUCAUGUCGUUGGAUUAAAGUGUUUAAAUUGCGGUAGUUAUAAUACUUGUAGAGUCAAGGGAUCUCCAUCACCAGAUGAUAAUGCUUUAGACGAGGCAGCUGGUGGUAGCAGUACAGAUGACAUGGAGCAAUCUCAGAGAUAGAGUUUUAAGUAUUAAAAAAUAAAUUUAUUAAUUUGCAAUAGAAUGCAGAACAGAAUUAAUGAGGUUACUUUGGAACGCCAUUUGGAGCAAUGUUUCCUCAAAAGCAGCAUUCCUUAAUAUAUUCCAUUUUCUUGUUGUUUAAUGAUAUUUUGAGAUUAUUAUUUCCAAUUUAAAAUUUAAAAUAGAUAAUGACCAUUAAAAGUCUUACAAUAUGUUCGCUGUUCAUUUGUAUGAGCAUGUGUUAAAUUUAGAACAUAAUAGGUACAUUAAUUAGUUCAAUUUAAAAUCAUAUUCAAAUACAUCAAUAUUGCUGAAAUAAGCUUUAUUGAUCCAAACCUCAUAGAAGCUUAUAUUCAAGGAGCUAAGGAAAAACUAAAUGCCGAUAUUUACUUCUUCCUAUUUGCUCUGCAAUAUUAAUAAUCUAUAUUUAUAUUCAUCAAAGAGGCAAGGUACAAAUUAUGAUCAUAGUCCGGACAAAGUCAAAAGAAAUAUACCGGCAUGUGCUCCAGUAUUAUGUAUUUGAAACUGGUACGCAUUGUUAAUCAUGAUAAUUAUUUGUGGCUUGUUACUUUUAAAUUGCAUAUAUGUUAGACUGGAGGUAAUAUAACAGAUCUUGUUAUUUUUAAGUUGAACAUGUACAUUAGACCGAAGGUAAUAUAUAAAUUGUUUUUGUAAUAUUGUUCCUAGGUAGCAGAAUUAUCGGUAAUAUAAUUCGUAAGCCAUUAUUAUUUCUAUAAAUUUAUGAAUUCACAUGACUGGCACUAAGAACAGUUAAUAUGGAUAAGCUACUACUAAAAAAUCUCUCAUUGUGUGCAAAUAUUUCGAAAAUGAUUUGACAUUUUCUUAAACGUUCUUAUCAAAAUAGUGUUAAUAUAUUUUUUAUCUACAACACUUUUGAUUUGCAGUAAUUGAGAAAUUUUUCGAAACGUUCUGCAUAAAAAGGAAUAAAAUUAGAGAAAUAAUAUAUUUCUUUAAUUCACUUUUUUAUGUCAAGAAUCUUUUCUCGGAUCUUGUAUCGUGCAUUUACUUAUUUCUCAUAAAACACGUUCACAGUGCAUGAAGUAAACAUUUUCUAUAUUUGAAUAUAAAGUAAUAUUAAUAAUUGAAUUAAUAGAAUAAUAACAUCGUGUUUCGAACGCUCCAAAAUUGCGUAAUAAAUAAUAUUGAGUGGUAGCUAAUUAUCAGAAACUGAUAUAGUAGUAUUUUAUGAGUUGAUAGAAAUCCAUUAGAACAUUUUAAUGUGUUUACGUUAUGUGUUUUUAUGAAAUUAACAAAUAUUUUAUUAGAUAUAUAUGUAUAUUGGACGUAUUAGUUUCUGUUAUUCCGCUCGUUGGUACGAAUAAAUGCAAUUAUAUCCCUAUAUCAGAGAUGUCAAACUCCGAUGUCAAUGUGAGUAUAAGUGAAUGAUUUAUUGAAAGUUUAUUAAUUAUGUUCAUAAUGACGCAGUAAUUUUUAUUUCAUUCAAGAACAUUUAUGCUCAUAAGGAUGUAGUUUGACACUAUUGCUUUAUUCGUAUCUAGUUAAAUUAAAUAAAUAUACAUAUAUAUAUAUAUAUAUAUAUAUAUAUAUAUAUAUAUAUAUAUAUAUAUAUAUAUAUAUAUGUAUAUAUAUUUCAAUGUAGCACACACAUACACAGAAUGUCGUACGGCAUCUGUAGAUCAGGUACACUUUAGUCGUAUUAUAUCAAUCAGCAAAAAUUACGUGGUGUUUCACGCGUGUCAUUCUUCUUCGACGCACUUGUAUCGAAUAAUUAUAAAAUACUUUUACUACGUUAAACACCGUAUAUAGCAAUUAAAAAUAUCUUCAAAUUAUAGUGCAUGUUAAACAUCGUGAGAAUUCGAUUCAACAAGAUACGUAUACUCGCGUUGCUCAUUAGUCGAAUAUAUGUAGAUUAUUCCUCGAGAUAUCAUUUACUUUGAACUUAUUAUACAAGGUAAAACAAACUUCUUUUGUUUAUACCAUUUAUCCAUUCCAAUUCAUUCCAAGGCACGCCGUAAAGAAGAUAAUAUGUGGUACAUAUUGCAAAAUUUCUAAUUUUGAUGUAGCAUAUUUCAUAUCUAUUAUGGCACCAUCCACAAAGCUUCCCUUUGUGGGUUUGUUUUCUUCAUUUUUUCUCUUCAGCCAAAGUAAAACACAUAGAUUUUAUUGUAACUAUCGUUAUGUUUUUAUUAUUCAUUUGUAAAUUAAAUACCAGUUACAAAGGCUCUUUGUACAUAACGGCCGCAAUAUAAUGCUUUUGUUUUAUAUUAUAUAUAAUAUAGUAUUAUAUCAAAUAAAAA